CAGUCCUACUCUCUUCUGCAGAUAGUUUCUUCUUUCGUUAGGCAGGCACAAAAAUAACUAGCAAGCCCAAGGGCAUGGAUGACGCGUCUGGCUGCGGCAGCAGCCGCGUUCCUCCGGCUUUCUGCGGUCAGCGGUUGAAACCAGCGCGCACGAUUAGGGUGGGUGGCUCCAGCGCUGAUCCCGACUAUGUCCUCCAGACCGCCGUAAGCCCGAUUUCGCCUCUCCUGGCGGUGUCCACGUCAGCUCCUGCCAUCAAAUCAUUCGACGUGGCAUCCGGAGCGUCCCUGGGUGACGUGGCGCCUCGCCACCCUGGCACGGUGACGGAUUUAGGGUUUGCGGAAGCCGCUUUCGGAGGGGCGGGGCCCGGAAGAGAGGUGCUCCUCUCGUCGUCGUCCGAAUCCGCCGUCUAUGCUUGGGACGCGCGGGCCCGAUCGCAGGCGGGCGUGUUCCCCGCGUAUGGGGGCGCGGGCGAGCUGUGGAGCUGCAGCGGGGGAGGGGGGUCCACAGGGCACCUGCUGGCGGCUGGAGGCAACUCCCAGAUAUUGCUGUGGGACAUGCGCUGCUGCUGACUUCGGGCCGGCUGGAGGACCGCCUAUACUGCUGUGGGAUAUGCGCUCCUGCCGCCUGCUGGGGCGUUUAGAGGAUGCACACACAGAGGAUGUCACUCAGGUUCGCUUCCACCCUCUCCACCGCACUGCACUCAUCUCAGCCUCUCUGGACGGCCUCAUCUGCCGCUUUGACCUCUCCCCACCCCACGAGGCCGCCCUCGCCGCUCCGGUUACCGCAGAGCGUUACGGCGACUCCGACCCGCUACAGUGAUCAGCCCGGGUACAUCGAUCUCCCGAAUCGGCUUCUUUGGUCCCUCUGCCUCUGCCGUUUGGUGUCUCACCGGCAUUGAAACCCUCAGUCUCUGGGAACUGUGGACCGGAGAUCGCAUUGCCGCUUUUGACGACAUUCGAUCGACCCUCUCUCAAAAUUGGCCGCUCCAGGUGCCGGUCGACUAUCUGAUCUCCUGCGACUACUCCCCCUCCUCCCACCACCUGCACCUCUUCGCCGGCUCACAGCACGGCCCUGCAGCCUCCUUCCCUGUCUCCCUGCCCUCCUCCCUCUCCUCUCCCUCCCAUCCACCGGGCCCCUCUGCUGCCGCUGAUGACGAUGCCACGAUGUCGGAGCAUCCACCUGGCGGCAGCGCAAGCCUGCCAGCUGGCAGCUGCCAGGUCAGCGGCCCAGACAUGCUGUUCUCAGGGGCGCAUUCGGCCGUGGUUAGGGAUGUCGUGCGGGUGGUAACUGGGGAAGGUUUGACUGCUGGGUUCUGGACCGGAGGGGAGGAUGGGUGUCUUUGCCAGUGGGAGGGGCUUGAGGGACAAGGGGAGGAGGAGGAGGUGGUGGAGGAGGAGGGGCUGAAAGCGAGUAAGCGCAAGGGCAAGGACCGCUUUAAGCCUUACUAGCGUGUGUUUUGAGUAAACUCAACAGUCACCUCGUUCGGGAGUGGAGGGGAGGGGAGGAUGGGUGCCUGCGACAGUGGGAGGGGCUUGAAGGAGGGGGCGGUUUUGAGUCGACUCAAAAGGUCAAGCACAAGAGGAGACAAGAGGAGGACAAGCCUUACUAGCUUGAGGAGGGGGGGGACAAGAGGAGGCGGCGGUGGAGGGAGGGUGACGGGCUGAUUCUGAGUACACGCAAGGGCAAGCACAAGAGCAGGGAUCAUUUCUUACUAAAAAGUAUGGGUCGGGCGGGCGGUGGUCUGAGAAAUGCCCUUCAGAGCGGUUGACGCCUGAAAGCAUUGCACUCUGAAUUGUGCUGAAUGUCUUUUGCGUGGUUCUAGCUCGAGUAACAUCCGCUGUUCUAGCUGAAGUUAGUUAUGGUAGGGCUCUGAAGUGGACAAGUAUCUGUGUGCCAUAACAAAUACGGUACAUUGGCAAUACUCUCGCUUCUGUUACGUAUCAGGCAAACUGCAUG